AUGUUUGAUGUACAAAGACGCUUCAAUGACCGUUUCAACUACCCAUAUGUUUUUCUCAGCGAUGAGCCAUUUUCUGAAGGAUUUAUGCAGGGGGUCCGGUACAUGGCAGGCCCCAACAACAGCGUGGAAUUCGGGCUCAUUGAUAGCGGAGAAUGGGUGUAUCCGGAGUGGAUUAAUCCGCAUAGGGCAGAGAAAGUGGCAGAUGACUGGGCCAAUUCCAAUAAGAUGUAUGCAGACCGCGUUGAAUGGCGCCACAUGGUGCGCUACUGGUCGGGACCAUUCGCCGAUCACUCUUUGCUGCAAAAGUACCAAUACAUGUGGCGAUUGGAGCCUGGAUCCCAUUAUACUUGCGACUUUGAGUAUGAUCCGUUUGUGCACAUUCAGCGGAACCACCUGUCCUAUGGAUUUGCCAUAUCUCUGGAGGAAAUGCCCGAUGCUGUCCCUUCGCUGCUGACAGCUGCCAGAGCAUUUGUUUUGGAAAACCCAGUUCUUGUUUCUGCCAGAGAAAACUCGCUGGGCUGGCUGUUUGGGCCAGAGUUUAAUCGGUGCCAGUUUCUGACAAACUUUGAAAUUGUCGACUUGAAUUUUGUCCGGUCUGCAAAGUACCGUGCCUUGUUUGCCUUUUUGGAUCAGCGCGGUGGAAUCUAUUAUGAGCGGUGGACUGAUGCCACUGUGAGGUCGCUGGCAGCUGCAAUGUUUUUGAGGCCCGACCAGGUGCAUUGGUUUGAGGAUGUUGGGUACGUGCAUGAUCUGCUGAACAAUUGUCCGCAGGCAAUGAGGUGCUACUGUGACCCAUCGGAAAGCUCACAUACGCUACCCAUGUCCUGCUCUAGUCGCUGGAACUCUACAUCGGCUAGUCUUGAUCCAAAUAGCAUAUAG